CUGGGGAGCAAAACACCACCGCGUCACUUUGAGGGCGGAUAUCGGCCGGUCUUCAUCCUCUCCUCCUCUCCUCAUCCUCAUCCUCCUUCCCUGCGCUCUCACUCGGUCUCCAUCAGUCUUCAUGGUUCUGAUCUCACCCCACGCCAUGCAAGCCACCAGGGCGUCCACCACCGUCAGUGUGUUUGCGGACUGCAGCAUCCCAGCCGGACUCCGGAUAGGACCGGUACCGGGCGUCUUCAAGCUGGGGAAGUACGUGACGGACCGUAAGGAAGUUGGACCCAAGAAGAAGAUCCGACUUGUGCGAGGGGAGCUCGUGGACGAGUCGGGCAGUCCCGUGCCAGACUGGAUCGGACUGAUCCGCGCCGCCAGGAGUAGUCAAGAGCAAAACCUGGAGGCUGUGUCGGAAUUACCUGGUGGACAGAUUUUCUACCGCGUGCUGAGAGAAAUCCCUGCCGGAGAGGAGCUCAGUGUUUGGUACUCGAAUGCUCUGGCCCAGUGGUACGACAUCCCCACCACGGCCACUCCCACGCACGACGAGAAAGGUGAGGAGCGUUACAUCUGCUGGUACUGCUGGAGAAUAUUCAAAUACCCCAACACACUCAAGGCCCACGUCCACUUCCACUGCGCACUGAGCAACGGCAGGGGGCUUGUGAACAACGAGCAGGCGAUAGGCACAGAGACAUUCAGCAGGUCACCAAAGUCUGGAGACAUCCCCAACACCUCCACCUCCCCGAGGAGCGGCCACAGCAACUCCUCCAUCUCAGACUCCGGCAGGCGAGCAGUGUCCUCAUCGUUUCUAAUCAAAGCGGGACUGUCAAAGAAAACCAGCUCCGAGGAGCAGGACAGGGCCCUCGACAUGAGCGUCACCACAGCCAGAAAUCAAGGGCAGUUGCUCAGCCUGGGCGCAACGUCCUCUAUGCUGAGCAGCAUGGGCUUCCACCCGGGUGUGCGCUCAGCCUUUAAACCCACCGGCGUCUCCAAAGUGCCGGGCGCGGACCUCUCCAGAGAGGACGCCGGCGCGAAGCUGAGCGGAAUGGGAUUCAGCAAACUCAUUGGGAGCAUGAAACCAAUCCGCAAUGUGGGCGAGAGUCUCCAUGGAGGAGGGAACCACCCUUCAAAACCCGCAAUGAUGGACACCACGACUCCAAUGGUGCCAUGCACAAACGCCAUCCGCGCUUUCCCGUUGCUGCCUCACAUGGAAGAGACAUCUGCUUUUAAGCACGUAGACAGUCGAAUGCACUCGGGUCUGUCGCCCUCCCGUUACCCGGUGCCCCCUGGACUCCAUUUUGAACGGUUCUCUCUCCCUCACCUGGACGGUGUUAAGACUUACGGGGGAGACUGUAACAUCCCGAUGAUGCCCUUCACGGUCUAUAAUGGCGAGCUUCUGUACAGCUCACCUUACUACCCGCUGAAAUUUCACUUCGGAAACCUCCUCAAGUACCCAGAGUCCAUGUCCUACUUUGGCGCGCCCUCCCUAAGCCAAGACCUGGGCUCCAUCACCAACAUCGACCGAGAGAUCGCCAUGCACACGCAACAGUUGUCCGAAAUCGCUGCAGAGAAGAACCGGACCAGGUUGGAGUCAAUGCCCGCUGGGGCCGCCAGCAACGCCGGUUCUGGCAAGCCAAAAAAGGGACACUUGUGUCUCUAUUGCGGCAAGCUGUACUCCAGAAAAUACGGCCUGAAAAUCCACAUGAGGACUCACACGGGUUACAAACCGCUCAAGUGCAAGGUGUGCUUCCGGCCCUUUGGAGACCCGAGUAACCUGAACAAACACAUCCGGCUCCACGCGGAGGGAAACACGCCCUACAGGUGCGACUUCUGUGGGAAGGUGCUGGUGCGGAGGCGCGACCUGGAGAGGCACGUCAAGUCCAGACACCCCGGGCACACCGUCAAGAAGCUGGAGGACAAAGCCGGCGACCUGUUCGAGGACGCGGAGCAAAAGAGCGACAAUGACAGUGACGUGGAUGUGUGCUUCACCGACGACCAGAGCGACCAAGAGUCGAGCAAAAAUAACGACUGAGGUGUCCCCCGAGAGACACAGCGAGAGACUGCCCGGUGUCUUUAAAUCGUGUAACAAAACAUGUCAUUUAGUCUUGUAUCAGGUCUGGUAGUUCUAUAUUUUUAGUGACUGACAUGCCACCGAAAAUCCUCAAAAAUAUUUUGACACAUUUACUUGCUUAAGUAUAUGUGAGCAAAAUCAUAAUCAUGGACAUUUUCGUUUUUCAGGAUUGUUUUAAUCACUUUUUGGCACUUAUGAUCCAUCCAUCGGUUUCAUCUAAAUUGUCAGUCGAUUCUUAGAAAA